AUGCGGAGCGUGGUGUUUGCGUCGCCGCUGCUGGCCGCCCGCCGCCCGGCGGUGCGGGGCGUGCCGAGUGUCGCUCAUAGCCGUACGCUCUUUGGCCUCUUUAAGCGCCGCAUGCCGAAUGCGCGGCAGGAGGCGUCGCGGCCGCCGCUGCUCGACCAGGACAACCUCUUCCACAAACUGUCCGAGUCGCCGAUUCCCGCGAUGCGCGCGCGUGGCGACCGGAUACGCACGAUGGCGCCGUGCCCGGUGAGCAUGUCCAAGUACGGCGUGCGCAAGCUCGUCGACUUUGAGUGCCCCGACUGCGGUUGGCCGACGCACUUUUCCGAGAAAGAGUGGGCGGAGGACACGGAGCACGCACAGUACGUUGCACGCCUCCGCGAGGCCAACGAGGACGAGCACGACCUCCGCAGUGGCCGCCGCAUGGCCGAGUUUGAGCUGCCCGCCGAGCAGCCCGCCGACGAGGUCGUGAAUUUCUCCGGGUGGGACCAGAUGUUUUACACGCGCAACUUCCCUUCCAUCAACUCGGAGCGCAGCAAGCGCCACGUCUCCAAGCUGCUCACUUUCCCCAUGACGGUCGUCGCAGCGCUGCACCAGCACUCGCCGUACACGCGCCGCUCGUCGCGCCUCACGCACGAGGGUAUGCGCUCGCUUGCGCCGCUGCGCACGACGCUGCACCCCGAGCUCGGUGCGCGCCCGAACCUGGACCCGGUGCGCAUCUUUGUGGUGGGUGCGCGUGCCGAGGCGACGCUGCCGCCCGACGUCUGGCGCCAGAUUUCCUACGUCUUUGCCAAGGUGCCGGUGCACAUCAUCAUGGUCGGCCCCGAGGCGGCUCUGCCUGCCAAGAACGUGCCCGGCCCGUGGAACUCGCCGGGGUACAAGGAGCGCGCGACCAAUUACCCCUUCCCCUCGCGCAGCAUCGCCGUCGCGCCGAACCUCACGAUCACCGUGAUCCAGUCGACGUACGAGCAGGUGCACCGCCUCUUUGAGCCGUUUGACCCCUACACCGAUGUCUUUUUCGCCUUCUCGCCCGGCUUUGGCUUCCCCAGCCAGAUUGCGGUGGAAGAGCAGGCGCGGCUGCGCGCCGAGGAGCGCGACGACGAGCGCCGCAUGGCCGCCGCGCGCGAGACCUACUUUGCGACUAACGCGCCGGUCGAGGGCGAGGAGCCGACCAAGCCGCAGACGGGCUUCCGCCCCAGCGAAGUCGCCAAGAACCCCGCCGGUGGCGACGUCCCGGCCGCCGAGCCCGAGCCGGCGGUCGUUGCGAUGCGCCCCCAGCAAGGCGCCUUUACCUCGCUGCAGGCCGCGCCGGUAGUCCAGGCGCAGCGCGAGUGGGCGCAGGCCCUCGGCCAGAUCCUCUCGACGCGCUGCCCCCUGUUUAUCUCCGGCUUCUCGCCGGCGGAUGUGGAGCGCGACGUGCUCGCCUUUGAGUCGGUCGACGGCGUGAGCGGCGAGUUUGACUGGCUGCUGACCCCCGGCGAGAACGCAUUCGCGAGCCAGCAGUGGGCGAUCGCUGACUUUGAUACGCGUAUCGCCGUCAAGGCCAACUGGGGCCUGUGGGCCGUGCGCGGCAAGCGCUACGACAUUCUCGGUCCCCAGUGGGACUAG